AGAGCUUCAUAAUCUGUCAGUCCAUAUACGUGACAGGAAGAAGGUAGAAGUCACAUUAGAGUGCUUUCGCAAAGGAGGACCCAACAGAGUACAGGUCAUUUCUGAUUUUGACAUGACUCUAACUAGAUUUGCCUACAAUGGGACACGUGUCCCCACUUGUCACAGUAUUAUUGACAACAGCAGGCUGAUUUCAGAAGAAGGGAAAAAGAAGCUUAAGGACCUGUUAAAUACGUACUACCCAAUUGAAAUUGAUCCUGCCCUCACUGUUGAAGAGAAGCUGCCAUUCAUGGUGGAAUGGGGGACAAAAGCACACAACUUUCUUGUUGCAGAGAAGAUUCAGAAAUCUCAAAUAACUCAGGUGGUAAAGGAGUCCAAUGUUAUGCUCAGGGAAGGUUUUGACGUCUUUUUCAGGCAGCUACAUAAGAAUGGCAUUCCUCUGUUCAUUUUCUCUGCUGGAAUUGGAGACAUCCUUGAGGAGAUCAUUCGGCAGGCUGAUGUUUUCUACUUCAACAUCACUGUUGUCUCCAACUACAUGGACUUUGAUGGAAAUGGCCUUUUGCAGGGGUUCAAAGGUAAUCUCGUUCACCCGUACAACAAGCAUGAUGGAGCUCUGAAGAAUUUGGGGCAUUUUGAGAAACUUGACGAUAAACGUAAUGUCAUCUUGUUGGGUGACUCCUUGGGAGACCUCCAGAUGGCUGAUGGAGUUGAGAACAUGGAAAACAUCCUGAAGAUUGGUUAUCUGAAUGACAAGGUGGACAAGCUUAGGGACCAGUAUUUGGAGGGUUAUGACAUUGUGUUGGAGAAGGACGAAACUCUGAACGUUGUGAACGCCAUUCUGCAGUACAUCUCGGCUCAGAACUGAAAAAAGGCCAGACAUGCGUACUCUUUUAAUCUUCAUCUGUUUCAAGAGGAAGCU